UUCUCAAUUAUUAUUAUUUUGGUACAAUGGGUUUCUAAAUUCUGCUGCGCCUGCUUUUCUCGUAUUUUUCUCUCUUUAGAAUUGUUUCAUGAAUUUGUCUCUUUCUGAUUUUACAUUCUGGUUGCUACUAAUCUUCAUGCUUCAUAGCGAGAAAUCUUGUAUCUCUCUCUCUCUCUCUAUCUAUCUCUCUCUCUCUCUCUAAAUUUGUUUGUUUUGCAGAUAUUUUGGGGUUUCUUUUCAAAGUUUUUCCAUUUGAUUCCAGUUUUUCUCUACUCUUUGUUAUAUUUCUGAGUUCUGGUGAAUAUUUUCCCGUAGUAUAUUAUAUUGUUGUUUGGAUGAUUUUUCCUGCUGGGUUUUGUACAUCCAUAUCAUUAGUACCAUUGUAUCUGAGUUGAACAUGCACAUAUAAAAGUAGAUAAAAAUUGCAUAUUGAGGAGAUUAUUGGAAGUGGAAUUGGUACUCAAAAAUAAAACCAGAAUACCAAAUUGUCAUCGAUAACUCUCUAUUCAAAAUGUGGGAAUUUAGUUUUGUUAUGCAAUGUGUUUGAUAUAAUUCUCGAGAGAGAAAGAGAGAACCACCAACACUUAUCAAAGAAAAUAUAAAAGGUCAGUUCCCUUAAUUAAGUAUCUAUGAUUCAAAAUAUAAAUUCUCUGUUAGCCAAAUUUUCAGCUUAUGAAGCUUGAUCACCAUUUGAAUUCUUCGGUUACAGCCUUGGAUGCCUCUAAUUAUGAUAUUGUGAAAGUAUCAGCUGGUAGAACAUUACACAUGGAUCAAACAGAUUUUAUUCUUCCCACUUAUCAUUCAGAAUUCGCCAUGAUCAUUACUGAACCAGUGGGAAAACCCAAGGAGAGCACACCACAGUCCACAGUGAUGAAGAAACCAAAGUUAAUGGAGACAGUCGCCAAAGAUGAUGGAACCCUAGACCGAAUCAACAAGUUGCCGGAGUCACUCCUCGCUCGAAUUCUCUCUCUUUUGCCGUCGACGAAGAAUGCUGUCAGGACAUGCCUUGUCUCAAAACGGUGGCAGUACCUCUGGACUUCUAUUGAUAAUCUCACUUUACUUUGUGAAUCUCCAUCAGAAGCAGAAAAAUUCGUACCCUUCGUAGACUAUGCAUUUGCUCAACGUACUAAUUCGAAAAUAAGAAAAUUUUAUCUCGACUGCUGGGACAUGCCUAGUUACAGCUUGCAUAUCGAUCAGUGGCUUACAUAUGUUAUAAAAAGUAAAGUGGAACAUGUUGUAUUGAACUCAACCUUUUUUAAGGUGUACAUAUUGCCUCAAUCAUUUUACACUUGCUCGUCAUUGGUCACAUUAGGUUUACGUAAUUGUGCCUUUGAUAAGGGAGUUGUUAUAUCGUGGAAAUCUCUGAAGACAGUGAAGUUCAUGACAGUGGAGUUAGACGAUGAAGCGAUUGUCAAGUUAUUAACAGGUUGUCCUUCUUUGGAAACUAUGGAACUGACUUUUUUCCAUGGUUUUCAUCAUCUGGAAAUUAAAAAUACAAAUUUGAAGACACUGAAGUUGCACAACUUUUGGCUGCUGUAUGGAGGUGAUCAUUCGUUGCAAAUUGUUGCUCCAUAUCUUCAGCAUUUGGUGAUUCCAGGAAACCUUGAUGAUUUUAAGUGUAGGCUAGUAAACGUAUCUUCCUUGGUCAGUGCUGAGCUUACUUUUGAUAUCAGAUGUGAGAUCCAGGAUAACAGUUGUCGUGAUUACCAUCGGGUUUUUUGGACCCUUGUUCAAGAUUAUCUUCAAAAAUUGAGACAUGUAAAUGAGCUAUCAAUUGGGACUUGGUUUGCAGAGGUUCUGUUCAUGAUGCAGCUUGAUGGAGCGCAGCUUCCUGAAUUGAAAUGCAAAUGUCUAACACUGAAGUUGCACAUAACAAAGUAUAAUUUGUAUGGAGUAGCUAGCCUUUUGCGGGCCUCGCCUCAUCUGGAGACGCUCAACAUACACAUGGACGUUGAGGUUAAUUUUUUGCAAUGCCGCUAUGAGUCAAGUAAUUUGCACCAAGGGGAUAAUAUCGAUCUGGAGAGUUGGAUUUCAAACUCUGUAUUUCCCAGUCUCAAGAGUGUUAAUAUUAUCUGCCCUACAUUCAUUGGGAUGUGUCGGACGGGGAGGCAUGAUAGGCUUUUUCAACUUUCAAAAUUUCUGCUAAAAAAUGCAAAGGUUCUGGAGAAGUUCGUUAUCAUGGCAAAGAGAACACGUUGCGGCUUGUGUUCAAGGAAUUGUGUAUCCGCAUAUUCAUCAGGAUUGGCUGCGAAAUUGUUAUGUUGCCAAAGACACUCCACCAAGUUUAUGAUGAGUUUCCAUGAGUCACGAUUUUGCAUGAGCAGAAUGCAAGUGGUUUUGUUUCUCGGCACAUAAGAAAUUGCGCACAAUAGUUUACCUUUUGAUUUUUGUGCUGGUGAACUUAAUGAGUUUUUAACCAAGUAAAAUGUUCUUUUUGUGGUCUUACCCUUAUGGCACGUAUUAUGGAUGCUUGGUGUCUGAUGAAGUAGUUACUUGUUGCACUCUAUAUGUUGUACCUUUGGUUUAAAUAGUGUUUUGCAACCCUUGUCAAAUAGCCUCAAAAGUUUUAUGAUCGGAGAUGAUUCCUUUGUUUUGGCUUUUUUCUUGAAGGAAGGUAUUGUCUUUUUUA